CGACGUCCUCGUCGAAUUCAUCAGAUCCGUCGUCCUCAUAGAGCUCGGCGUCGUUGUAAUCAUUCCCGGCCGAGGCCUCGUCGUUGUCAUAAAGAUCUUGCUCGACCGAAGCCUCGUCGCCGUCAUCAAGAUCUUGCCCGACUGACGCCUCGUCGUCGUUAUAAAGAUCUUGCUCGACUGAGGCCUCGUCAUUGCCAUCAAGAUCUUGCUCGACCGAAGCCUCGUCGCCGUCAUAAACAUCUUGCCCGAAUGAGGCCUCAUCGUCGUCAUCUUCUUCAUCGCCGGCGUGGGCGGACAUGUCAAGAC